CUGAUUUGCCGGCGGUGCAAUUUCUUUCCUGAUUUGCCGGCGGUGCAGAUGAUUGGAAUUUCAUCUCAUACAGGAAAUAGGAAUAGGAAUAGGAAUAGGAAUUACUGUUUCCUUUUCCCGAUUUACCGGCAGUAGUGCAAUUUCAUCUCGUAAAGACCACACCAACUCCAACUCCACAGCCAUCUCAUCGUCGUUGCAGAUCAGAAUUACCGGCGAUGCAGAUGGACCAGUCGCCGUCCGUCGAAUUCAUGGAGGCGGCAGGCGACGCAUCGGCGCUGGAUCCCAAGCUUGCCCCUCUGCUGCUGUUCCGCCACGGCGACGCAACUUUCCUGUACAGCGUGCCGGCGAGAGCGCCGCUCCCGAGGAGGGCGGCGGACAUGGAUGACAUGAUGAGAGGCCACCGCUGGUGGACCACGGCGCAGGGCUGGUUGCUCAUGGCGCGCCGCGGUUCACCGGACACCUUCCUGUGGGACCCUUUCACCGGCCGCCGUGUCGCCUUGCCUCCUGACCACGACGGCACCGUCCUCGCGGACGGCAGGCACCGGAGGUGCCUCCUGUCGCGCCGCCCGCCCACGGACGACCCGACCUGCGUCGUCGCCGUCGUCGUCCACCCCGCGGACAUGGUGCUCUGGUACUCCCGUCCGGGAGACCAACGCUGGGUGAAGCACCAUCACCAGUUCCUCCAGCCCGGGACGCAUCUCCCCGAGCACCCUUUCAGCGUCAUCUCCUCAUUGUGCAGGCUCACGGCGAUCGGCGACGGCAAUCUCUACGCCGACCUCGGUGAACACUUCUUUGGCGUCCUCGAGUUCUCGCCGGAGCCCGUGUUCACCUUGACCGCGGUGAGCGGCGGCGACGACAGAAGACAGGGCGUAUACGCGUUUCGUACCCAUAGCUUCGUGGAGUCGAACGGGGAGCUGCACUGCGUCUGCUUGUAUCACCCGGCCGACUGCGACCGGGUCGUCGAGCGUGUCAGCGUCUACAAGCUGAGCACGGGCACGGGCACGGCGGCGCAGCAGGAGCAAAGGCCAAGACCAGCGUGGGUGAAGGUGGAUUCGCUGGGUGGCAGAGCGUUUUUCGUCGAGAUGGACAGCUUCGGAGCGUCGCUUGAUGCGCGGGGGGGAUUGAAAGGGAACUGCAUCUACUACUCGGGGCUCAACGGGAAAGUGCUGUGCGUGCACGACAUGGAACGAGGAACUACGGCCGUCAUCGAUCCGGGCGCAAGUCUCCCGUAUCACCGGUCGCCUCAAGUCUUGAUGCCAACUAUUUAGGUGAUGAUGAGCAUGCCUAGUAACUGCAUUCAAAUUGCAUGUACUGUUAGCUCGGCUAUAUUUCUUUAACGUUUCGUAUCUAUUGUGUGAUUGGGAACGCUCUUUCUCUAUUACUUAACUGUCUUAACACAAUUAUAGUAUAAUAUUUGCUACUAUAAUU